GCAACUUGUUUUGAACCUUUUACCUAAACAAAAUAUGGAGAGUCCGGAGUUAACGUUUACUUUGGCCUACACUGUUUUCUCUCUCUGCUUUGUUUUUACGCCCAACGAGUUCCGUUCGGCAGGUUUGACGAUACAGAACUUAUUUUCUUCCUGGUUAGGAAGUGAGGACGUGGGAUUUGUACAAUAUCAUGUCAGGAGGAGCAGCCUCACUCUUCUGGUCCACUCGGCACUGCCACUAGGUUACUACCUGGGCAUGUGUAUCGCUGCUCCAGAGAAACAUCUAACAUAUGUUCACCAGGUGAGUGACAACUGGAGAAUGUUCCUUAGUCUCUGCGUGUGCCUCCUGCUGGGCAGCUGGACGCUCAUCUUCUACUGGUCCCGCCAUCACUGGUACAACCAUCCGAUGAGCAGAGCUCUGCAGGCCCAUGUGCAGCCGCCUCACUCAAACUGGGGCUCAGUGGCCAGAAGCAUCAACACAGAGUUCAGACGUAUCGAUAAGUUUGCCACUGGGGCACCUGGAGCCAGAGUUAUUGUCACAGACAGCUGGGUGUUAAAGGUGACCACCUAUCAUGUGUACAUGGCUGCACAGAGUGACUGUCAUGUGACUGUGACCGAGUCCAUUCAGCAUCAGCUGAGCCCCGACUCAUCCUCGCCCUUACAGCUGCUCACAUUGAGGGUGCACAGUACCAACCCUGCUGUGAGACCCUUUGAUAUCAGGUUGAACUCCACAGAGUAUGCAGAGCUCAGGGAGAAGCUCCACGCCCCCAUCAGGAACUCAGCAAAUGUAGUUAUCCACCGAACCAUUAGCGAACGUUUCCUAGAAACAUUCCGGACUCAGGUGGAGCUCAACCAGCCUUACUCACUCCCUAGUGGACAGGAGUUGGAGCCUUGUAUCGGCUGUAUGCAGGUUCAAGCAAAUACCAAGCUCAUCAGACUCUGCUCUGAAGAAGGUGCUCAUGCAGAGUGCGAGCAGUGUUUCUGCAGACCCAUGUGGUGUUUGUCCUGUUUGGGUCGGUGGUUUGCCAGCCGCCAAGACCAGCAAAGACCUGAGACUUGGUUGUCCAGCGUAGUCCCCUGUCCCACAUGUAGAGCCAAAUUCUGUAUACUGGACGUGUGUGUGGUACGCUGACACACAUCAUCGCUAUGAAAUGAACGCUGGUCUUAACGUAUUAUUCUAUUGUCUGGAAGCAUCACCAUAUGUUUAUGGUCUGGUAAGAAGUUUUGUAUUGUUUAUAUUCCCCUGUUAAAAGGUUGUUGCCUCUGUUAUUGUUUUCUGACACCUUACUGUUGUUAAAUCCUAAAGUUUGACGGCAUAAGUUAGAAUUAGGGGUGUCCCGAGCCAAUAUUAAUAUCGAAUAUUGGUCUAAUAUUAGCAAAAAACAACAACUUUUGGAUUAUAUUGGCUUGCCUGCAAAAUGUGUAAUAUAAUCUCCGAUACAAGUGGUCCUGCAGUGUAUUUAUCGCCAGUUAACAUCUAAAUGUCCUUCAAUAAGCACACAAUGUUGGUAUUUUUUUUCCUUGUUUCUUGUAUUUUGCACACAAGCUAGACAUAUGUAGAAAGUGUCCUUAAUUAAACAACAUUGCAAUCUAAAACAGCACAUUUGUCAAUAUAAACAAGUAUUAAAUACUUAUAGUUACAUAUUACACAUACAAAGUCUUCAAGGCGCGUACUACAAAGUAUCCAGUAACAAAUGUGUCUGCAUCAUUCAAUUUACUAAGUCAUUCAGUUAACUUUAAAGAAUCAUUAAUCAAAAAACAAUCUACUCUAAGAAAAAUAGCAUAAACCUGUCAGAAAAGGUUUAAUCAAAUAAAAUUACAAUUGUAGGUAUGAAAAACACUAAAUCUAUGUCAUUCCACACUACAAAAUAAUUUAAGUAUGUACUAGGGCUGACAAGUCUUUGAAUUUUAAUCACGGUCCAAAUUUUGGCUGCCACGAUUAAAUGAGGGUGAUUGUCGUCGAUAUUAACAUUAAAAAGUGCCGCUGCAUAUCAUCGAGCACUUUCACAACCACGGCGGCAGAGAACAACCCUGUGAAGCACGCCCGUCCACUCCAGAGGAUUAAGGUUGAAAGCCUUUAUUGUCAUGAGCACAAUAUAAACAUGUUUAAUUUGUUCAAUGACAUUCUUACUUUGUUGUCCACACUGGUGCUGAGUACAGUAAAGAAAGAAGGUAUUGAUAUAAAAAUAAAAAUAAAUUCCAAAUAUAUGCACACAAAAUGUGAAGAGAAGGCCAUUGUGUAUGAGCACAACACCUCAUCUCCAUGCUAAAUUGAAAUAUUAACAUUAAUGUUACCAUUAACAAAUUUUCACUGGGGUUGCUGCAGCGGAACGCUUCGUUUUACUUCAUUUCAUUGCACUGCAAAAAGUCAGUGUUCAAAAACAAGAAAAAAAAAAAUACAAAAAUUAGGGGUAUUUUAUUUAAACUAAGCAGAAUUAUCUGCCAAUAGAACAAUACAAUUUGGCUUGUCAAGACUUUCCAAAAUAAGUAAAACUAACUAACCUCAAUGAACCCAAAAGUACCUUAAAAUAAGUAUAUUCUCAUUAAUAGCAACUGUACUACUAUACGAGUAUGUAUUUUCUAUUGUUUCAUUGAAAAUAAAACCGCAAAGUUCAUUUGGCUGUCAUCUGUUUUAAUUAUGAGACACAAUCGUGUCAAAGUCAUGAUUUAUUUUUGAUGCUUGAAAUAAGAAAUUAUUACUUUAAAAAAGCAGUUUUAUUGUGUAUUUUAGUGUUGAUGACACAGCUUUGCGACAGUUGAUAUUCUAGUUUCAAGCAUGUUUUACUCAAUAUAGGUCAUAAAAUGUCAGCAACAAGCUGUAAUAUCUUACUGAGAUAAUUUAGGACCAAAACCUUUAAAACAGGUAAAACACUCUAACAUAAAAUCUGCUUAGUGAGAAGUAUUAUCUAAUCAGACAGAAAAUAAGCAAAUAUCUCCCUUAUUUGAGAUAUUUAAUCUUACUUAGAUUUCAGUUUUUGCAGUGUGCCUUCACUCCCGUGGAGUUUCAGUGUGUGUUUAAGACCCCACUGUUGUCAUUAGAUGGCGACGGGUGUGGAUAAAAUUGGAGAUAAACGCAUUUGUCCCUACUAAAAAGUAUACUGCGGAGGACCAAAAUUCAGACUGGCUGUUUUAUCGCGUUUGCGAGAGCACCAAGACUGUGGAAUAGAGCCACUCUGCAGGCUUACACGCACACACACACACUCACAUCCAAGGAAAAUUCACGCCACACACACAGGUACCCCACAUCCCACGCUCCACCCCAUGUGCUAAGACAGGAAACAGAGCAGCGCCCCAGGUGGCGACAGCUUCGGGCCAGAUGCCUGCCUUUUCCCCCCUCGCUGCAAGUCUGGAGUUGUAUGUAGUAAUAUGUAUAUGUGCUUUGCUUGAGGGUUUUUUCCUAGUCUCUAACUAACCCCCCCAGGAGUUUAGUUUGGGACUUGAUUUUUUUCUCCUCUAUCCCCCAUGUUUACCAUUUUUCCUUCCUUUUUUACGCACUCGAUCAGUGUUCCUUUUCUGUCCACCCCGUAAAUGUACAGUAUGUCUGAUCUUGAACAGGUUUGUACUGGCAAUGUAAUUUGGUUGUAAUUUUUAAAUGCAAUGACAAUAAAGUUCAAUCUAUUUGAUACCGCUUUCAUUUUGAAAGCCCAACACAGCGUCGUGUCACUAAUCGCUCCUUCAUUCACCUGCUCGGACUCAGAGGGUUAUGGAGGAGAGGCCAUGUGUAAGGAACGAUGCCACAACUUGAUUACAAUGUCCAUCCAUCCAUUUUCUACCGCUUAUUCCUUUUGGGGUCGCGGGGGAUGCUGGAGCCUAUCUCAGCGGCAUUCGGGCUGCAUGCAGUCACCACCUCAUCACAGGGCCAACACAGAUAGACAGACAACAUUCACACUCACAUUCACACACUAGGGCCAAUUUAGUGUUGCCAUUUAACCUAUCCCCAGGUGCAUGUCUUUGGAGGUGGGAGGAAGCCGGAGUACCAGCAGGGAACCCACGCAGUCACGGGGAGAACAUGCAAACUCCACACAGAAAGAUCCCGAGCCCGGGAUUGAACUCAGGACUACUUAGGACCUUCGUAUUGUGAGGCACAUGCACUAACUCCUCUUCCACCGUGCUGCUUACAAUGUCUAGUUUGUUUAGUGGGAUGGUCACUCGUACUUUUUUUAAUUGCUAACUUUGUCAGUGUUCACAAUAACAUCAACACUAGCUAAAAUGUUUGGAGUUGUGAGUGAGGCACCGAGUGUGUGUAUGAGGCGUGAGAGGUAUCACUCCUGUUUAUUUGUGCUGGCCAAACUGUUGCACUGAUCCACAUGGUGUUGGAGAA